AACGAGCAAAGGGCAAAACCCGUUGGGAUGCAAUGAGUUUUCACUGAGUAUCGAUUCAUUUGUAAAAAAAUAAAUAUUUCUUCUACUGUUAAAAACGAUGGCCAUGAUUUCAAAGACAGCGAUGGGCAUUGCCGUCGGAAUAGCGGGUAUUGUCGUUGGCUACUGCUUUUACUUCGAUCAAAAACGUCGGAGUGAUCCCGACUUCAAAAAGAAACUCCGUGAGAGGAGGAAAGUGAAAAGACAAGCCAAGAAGACUGGGUCAACGAUUCCGGAUCUCAAGGAUCAUGAAGUAGUGCAGAGGUUUUUCCUUCAAGAGGUGCAACUUGGUGAAGAGAUGUUGACUUGUGGCGACGUAGAGGGUGGAAUUGAACAUUUGGCGAACGCCGUUGCUGUCUGUGGUCAGCCACAGGAGCUGCUGCGCGUUCUGCAGAAAACAGUACCACCACAAGUUUUCCAUCUUCUUCUGCAGAGAUUACCCGCUGUGGGACAGAAACUCGCGUCGCAAUCCACAAUGACUGAGGAAGAUGUGGAAUAAAUUGUCAAAUUGGCCAAUUCUAAAUAAUAAAAAAAAUUAUGAGCAAAAAAAAUACACGAGAAAGAAAUGACGUUGCAAAACAAACCAUUAGUUGACCCAGAGAACGCUUAAUUCAGAACUAACCAAAAAAAAAAAAA